UUACAAUCAAAAUAAUGUAUAUUCAAAUAUUUUACUACAUUUCAUUUAGAAAGCAUCUAUUUUUCUAAGAGAUUUUUAAAAUAAUUGUACCAAUUUAGAAGUUGUUGCUGUUUUAUAUAGACCCUAGGGCAGUGUGAAGAAAACUUACAUUUGCUGAACUGUUUCAAGAAUAUCUCUUGGUGUUUUGUUGAUCCUGAAUGGUGAGCUUACGGUGGUAGGAUGUCUGGGCAGUAUUCAGUUUGAUUCCCUCAACACCAUCUGCCUUCCCCGGUGAACUGUACACUUCGACACUUGGAAGGUUCUGAAAGUUAUUUUCCUGAGAGAAGGGAAAUGGACAGGCAGUGUUACGGUGGAUUUAGUGACUCGGAGCAUGACUUUUAUCGGAUUGAUUACCGGACAAUUGUGGGAGAAAUGGACCCAACUCAGCCUCGAGGUGAUCAGUUCUCCCCAAGUAUGUCCCACCAUGGGCAUGGACAUGAGACAGCAGCACAGCGAUAUACUGCCACCAGAAUUCAAGCUGGCUAUGCACCUGAAAGCCUUGCCUUCUUCACUAAUGCACCAACUUUGAUGUCAUCUAAUCAUUACUUCCUGAAGUUAAACAUUACUAUUGAAUUUUCCAUGAGAUUUAGUCAGUUACCUUAUGCAAAAGACAAGGAUGAUGGUCAUCCAGGUGAUGAUUGUGAACAUGUGGUUAGUUGCAAGGAUAAAAGAUGGGACACAUGCAAAGGAGCCAGCAUGGGAUGUGGCUUCAGUGAAUUAUGUGGUUUAAUGAAGAGGCUUAAAUCAGAAGAGGUGGGGGUAGUUGGGCAUCAGUUCAAAAAUAGUCCCACUCCCCUGUUUCUUAAGAGUGACUUCCUGAUUCUUCCUGGUUUUAUUGACUUCGCUGCUGAUGAAGUGGACCUGACUUCAGCUCUGACCAAGAAAAUUACCCUGAAGACUCCUCUUGUCUCCUCUCCUAUGGACACCGUGACAGAAUCUAGCAUGGCGAUUGCUAUGGGGUUAAUGGGUGGAAUUGGCUUCAUCCACCACAACUGUACCCCAGAGUUUCAAGCUAAUGAGGUUCGGAAAGUUAAGAAGUUCGAGCAGGGUUUCAUCACUGACCCGGUGGUGAUGAGCCUCCACCACACAGUUGGUGACGUCUUUGAAGCAAAAUUACGGCAUGGCUUCUCAGGAAUCCCAGUCACAGAAACAGGAAAGAUGGGAAGCAAGCUAAUGGGGAUUGUCACCUCGCGGGAUAUUGACUUCCUAUCAGAGAAGGAUUAUGAUACGGCCCUGAAUGAGGUGAUGACAAAGCGGGAAGACCUGGUUGUUGCUCCAGCUGGUGUAACACUCAAGGAAGCCAAUGAAAUUUUACAACGCAGCAAAAAAGGGAAGUUGCUGAUUGUUAAUGACAUGGAUGAGCUGGUCUCCAUAAUUGCACGGACAGACCUAAAGAAGAACCGUGAUUACCCGCUGGCCUCGAAAGACUCAAGGAAGCAGCUGCUCUGUGGUGCAGCUAUUGGAACACGAGAGGAUGAUAAAUACCGGCUAGACCUCUUGAUGCAGGCUGGGGUGGAUGUUGUUGUGUUGGAUUCAUCCCAAGGAAACUCUGUCUUCCAGAUAAAUAUGAUCCGUUACAUUAAACAGAAGUACCCAGAGUUGCAGGUUGUUGGUGGAAAUGUGGUGACUGCAGCACAAGCCAAGAAUCUGAUUGAUGCGGGAGUGGACGCUCUACGGGUCGGCAUGGGCUGCGGCUCAAUCUGCAUCACUCAGGAAGUUAUGGCAUGUGGCAGACCUCAGGGGACCGCAGUAUACAAAGUGGCAGAGUAUGCUCGCCGAUUUGGGGUGCCAGUCAUUGCUGAUGGUGGAAUUCAGACAGUUGGACAUGUGGUGAAAGCUCUGGCUUUAGGCGCUUCAACGGUGAUGAUGGGUUCAUUACUAGCUGCUACCACAGAGGCCCCGGGUGAGUACUACUUCUCAGAUGGCGUGAGGUUGAAGAAAUACCGUGGCAUGGGAUCCUUGGAUGCAAUGGAGAAAAACACAAACAGUCAGAAACGUUACUUCAGUGAAGGUGAUAAAGUGAAAGUGGCCCAGGGAGUGUCAGGCUCAAUUCAGGACAAGGGCUCAAUCCAGAAAUUUGCACCUUACCUGAUUGCAGGGAUUCAGCAUGGUUGCCAGGACAUCGGAGCCAAGAGUCUUUCCAUCCUAAGGUCAAUGAUGUACUCGGGUGAAUUGAAGUUUGAAAAAAGAACCAUCUCCGCUCAGGUAGAAGGAGGUGUGCAUGGUCUGCAUUCUUACGAGAAGCGGCUUUACUGAAGAAGGAGGUGUUGCCCACCAGGCUGUGGCUCCCAACGUCCCCUCCCCAUUGGCCGUUAAACCUCACAGGCGUCCCUGACCACCUUCCUAUGUCCCUCACGCAGAGGCAACAGCCCCGCUCCAUG